AUGUGGAUAAUAUGCUUGGAAAAACCCAAAACAAAUGAGGCUGUUACAUGCCUUGAAGAAUUCGCAGUGGUGAAUCGUUCCACGUUAACGGCUGGAUCCGAGAGGCCGUUGAAAUUGGUUUAUAGCGGUGAAGUGGACGCAAUUAAUGCUGAAGGAGAUAUCGUCGAACUGAAGACACAACGCUAUGCGCUUAAUAAUACAUUCUGGAAGUAUAAGAGUCUGAAGUGGUGGCUGCAGUCGCAUUUACUCGGUAUUCGUGACAUCGUCGUAGGCUAUCGUGACGAUGAUGGCAUUGUUACAAAGGUUGAACUUCUGCACACGAACGAUCUUUACAAACGAGGCGAAUGGUCGGCUAAUGUAUGUAUGGGUGUACUUUACAAAGUGCUUAGCGAAGUACAAUCACAAUUGAAACGUAAUGGCAAACCUUGUAUCGUUCGCUAUCAAGGUGACAGCAAGGUCACAGUUCAUCGAGCUGCACCAGCUGACGUGGAUUUUUUCACUAGUAGAUUCAAAACACACUUCCAAUUGUAA